AGUUUCCCCAGCCUGCUUUCCCAAGUCUGGACUUUCCCUCUGGCCCUCCCCCUCUCGGGCUGGCAGGGUGGGGGAAGCAGCCUCUUCCUGGGCUCAGAGAAUCCCACCCCAGCUCAGAAGGUGCAGGACCGCAGCCCGGGACGGACCUCAUCCCUCCUAGGGACUCCAGACCACUGUCUCUCUCAGCAGGUCCUGGCUCCUGGAACUCUUGGCCACCAUGGUUUCCGAGAGCCUGUCCGAUGGCAUGAAGAAACUGAAUGCUCGAAUGCAUCAGCUUGUGGACAAAUUUACUGAAAAAAUGGGAAACAAGGAAUCGGAACCUGAAAAGGUGAAGUUGAGCCUGGAUGAUCUGGAGGACGACUUCAGAGAGUGCAUGUUGGACACCGUGGUGGAUUGCUAUCAAGGACAGCACCUGGAGCUCAUUCCUCUACUUGAAAAAGAAAGAGAUGAAUUACGACUCAGAGGCAACAGACCCCCUGCUCUGGAAGCUGAGGACCCCGAAACCCAGGAGCCCGAGGAGAGCUUUUGUGACAAGGUGAUGAGAUGGUUCUGCGCCAUGAUGCAGCGGCUGCAGAUGUGGUGGCAGAAGUUUGUGGCCUGGGUGAAGAAGGUGGUGGCGGCCCUGGUCGAUGCAGCAAAGGCCUUCUGGAAAGAGCUUGAGCGUUUCUGCUGCUCUCUGGCAGAGCUCCUCAGGUCCCUUUUCAGUACUAAGGAAGCCCAUAGAGGGGAUUGAGGAGCUGACAGCCCAGAAGUGCUAUGAACCCCAGUGAAGCUUCCAAUGCCACUUUUGCCCUCCCCUUCACCUCGAACCCACCCUGACCCCUUCCUCAGCUCUGCUAUGCCCUGCCCCCCUCCCACACACCCAAGCCCCUUGCCUGGCGUUGCUGCUGCAGCUCUGACCUGGCACUAUCACGAUGGUGUCAUAAUAAAACCUUAAACUUACCUGGCAGAGGA